AUGGGUGGGUGGCUAGAGACUCGGGGGCGACGUCGCAGGAGACCUCCUUCCCGGUACUCCCUCGGUCCCCCACUGGCCCGGCUGAGUCAGCCGUGGGCCAGACCGACCGAAGAGGGAGGAGAAGGCCAGGUGGAGGUCGUCCCAGGCCUAAGUUGCUGUCCUGCAGAGCAGGGAGUUCCCGAGUCCGGUGUUCCCGAGUCCGGAGUUCCCCAGUCCGGUGUUCCCCAGUCCGGAGUUCCCCAGUCCGGUGUUCCCCAGUCCGGAGUUCCCCAGUCCGGUGUUCCCGAGUCCGGAGGUCCCCAGUCCGGUGUUCCCGAGUCCGGAGUUCCCGAGUCCGGUGUUCCCGAGUCCGGAGUUCCCCGUUCCGGUGUUCCCGAGUCCGGAGUUCCCCGUUCCGGUGUUCCCGAGUCCGGAGUUCCCCAGUCCGGUGUUCCCCAGUCCGGAGUUCCCCAGUCCGGUGUUCCCGAGUCCGGAGUUCCCCAGUCCGGUGUUCCUGAUCAUUCUGAAGCUGCAGGGCAACACAAAUUAUUCGACUGGCUGAGGGCACCAUGA